AUGUUUCUUCAUUUUGGAAUAUUACUUCUUCUGUCCCAAGGACUCCUUGGCGAAGUGGACGUUUCGGAAGCUAUAGAUGGAGACAGCCGAAUAAUCGGUGGCCAAGAUGCCACUCCAGGCAUAGCUAAGUACCAAGUUUCAAUUCGUGUUCAUGAAAAUGGUACAGAAGUGCACCAUUGCGGAGGAUCUAUUUUAAACGAAGAGUACGUGUUAACGGCCGCCCAUUGCGUUUAUAACGAAAAAAUUGAAGAUUUGUCAAUGGUCGUUGGCAGUCACACGAUCGAUAAAGGCGGCGACCGUUACAAGAUUAAAAAAUUAAUCCCUCAUGAGAAUUUUGAUAAACGCAGUGUAAAGAAUGACAUAGGCAUCGUACAUAUCGAAGGCAAAUUCAAAUUCAGCGAUAAGGUUCAACCAAUUGAGUUGUUAAAAGCAAUGGCACCCAUUGGAAAGAAAUGUCUCUUGACUGGCUGGGGAUACGUAGACUAUAUCAAAUAUAUUAAACCAAACCAUCUUCAAAUGUUGGAGCUCGAAACAAUAAGCAAUGAAGACUGCAGUAAACGAUUAAGAUACGCGCAUAUUCCACGGCAAUUAUGGCAAGUAGACGCCGGACAACUCUGCGCUAAGCACCCGAACCACAAAGGUGGAUGCUAUGGUGAUUCUGGUGGAGCUCUCGUCAUUCAGGACGAUAAGAACAAAACUCUUCAAAUAGGAGUCGUGUCCUAUGGAAUUCCCUGCGGCAAAGACUUUCCUGAUGUAUAUGCUUCAGUCCAUGGUUACUACGAUUGGAUACAGAGCAAAAUUAAAUGA